AUGCGAUCCAAGUUCAAGGACGAGCACCCCUUCGAGAAGCGAAAGGCUGAGGCUGAGCGCAUCCGUCAGAAGUACUCUGACCGUAUCCCCCCGUCGCCGCAUUCGCCAGCUUCGCGUCUUAUCGGCGGUGCCCCACGUCCCCCGGUCAUCACCGCCGAUCUCGUAUCUACUGUCGAGGACUCUGCGCCGCUAACCAAGGCUUUUGCGGUACAGGUUAUCUGCGAGAAGGUCGAGAAGUCUGAUAUCGCUACUAUCGACAAGAAGAAGUACCUUGUCCCCGCGGACCUGACGGUCGGCCAGUUCGUCUACGUCAUCCGCAAGCGCAUUAAGCUCUCUCCGGAGAAGGCCAUCUUCAUCUUCGUCGAUGAGGUGCUGCCGCCCACUGCUGCUCUGAUGAGCAGCAUUUAUGAGGAGCACAAGGACGAGGACGGUUUCCUCUACAUCACCUACUCCGGCGAGAACACCUUUGGCGGCUUCGAAACGGCUUAA